GUUUUCUCCGCGGACGUGGAUCCUCUCGAAAGAUGUAGUCAAACUGACCGACGUCAUCCGGUUUACUUUUUCGAAGCACUAGGUGUGGAGUAAUGGAUUCUACAGACUUGAUCUAGUGGCAAAACCAUUCACUACAGUUAAAUUGACUACUUACUUUGACAAAACAGUCGAUGCUUAAUCAUGUAAGUGGGUGGAUCCCCUAUCAAAGAGCCAAGGCGGAGCCACAUAUUCAAGAAGCUCAAAAUAGCCAGAGUGGAGUUUGGAGUAACGUGUCUGAAAUGGCCUUGUUCUACCCAACGACCAAUACGCACGGAACCUUCGGUGCUUCAACGGAAUCACCGCGAUGGUGUGAUGCCUUCGGUCCUUUUGAACUCCCGUGCGGGCCGGAUUCGCGGACAGGAGUGGGCCCUUUCCUCAUGAAAGUCAAACGGCGAAACAAGAUCAAGAAUAACACCGUCAUGCUCAUUUGCGAAUUUGAACGGCGUGAAGGAGGAUGUCCAGCUUACGCCUAUGUGACACAGAAAGGCCAGCUCUUAGGCAGACGUGGUUUACACAAUCAUUCGCCUCUACGCGACUACCCGCAAUGCGCUCCAGGCAGCCUCAGUGGAUUGGCGUCAAUUCCAGCCCCACCCACGUUUGCCGAGGCGUCGGCGCUUCUCCGUGAUCCGCGGCGCCGCAAACAGUGGUUUCGGCAACAACCUGCCGCUCCGGCACCUUCCACGAGUAUACCAAUUCCAGAUCCUGAGACGGGUGCAAUGAUUGAGACUGAAAUUACGGCAGCAAACGUGCUCGAAAUAAGUCGAUACGCGGAAAAGAGAGAAACCAUCAAUGGCGAAAUUCGUUUGGCAUGUCCGGUACCAGGAUGUACGCACGUCUCGAAGAAAGGCGGUAUAUACAAACAUCUCCGAAUGCUGCAUAUGAACCUUCCGGAUCGAGGUUCCGGCGAUCUUUCAUUCUGUGAUGAAAAGCUUUGCCCUCUAUGUAAACAGGAUAAGGUUACUCAUGAGGAUCUCAUUCGUCAUAUCGUACACGAUCAUGAUACCCGCCUCGAAUGCACCGAGCAUGAGUUCGAAUCGGAAGAUGAUUUUAAGAAGUGGAAAGAACGCACGGAACAGGAAGAAAUGUCAUCAUUUGCGUUACGCAGCGGAAAAAAUCGAGCUCCUCUGGGCACUUAUAUUUGUUGCCGUGCUGGUCGUAAGCAUCGAAGAUCGCCACUGAGCCGCUUGCUGGGAUUUGAGUGUCCUGCUUCAAUGGUGGUUGAGCGUCGAAAUAAUCGCCUCUAUGUGUGGUUCUGGCGAACGCAUAUCGGCCACCGGCCGGCCGUUGUGGAUGUCACUUUAAGUUCCAAGGACCGCGUAUGGGUGAAGGAGUGCAUCUUGAACAAAAUGAACAACCGAGACAUUAUACUGCAGGGCAUGAGCGGUUACCUAGGUGGCAAUCCAAGAAGAGUCCACCUUUUGGAUAGUCAAGAUAUCGAAAACAUUGUAAGGCAUUUCGACCUUAAAGAACUACGAGGCGAUAUCAAAAGCAAACACUUCAAAAAUGAAGACUUGCGGAAAGUGAGAUUGGCCCGUUACAUUAAGCGAACCAUGGGCAAUGACAAGCCAAUGGAGGCCGCUCUGAACAGAGCUUACCACAACGAAUCACAGCCCAAACGUUCAAUGGUCCAAGAUCAUCUGACGGGAUUUCACACGGUAACCGGUGAAGAUGAGAGCGAUCGCGGAAUCGUUUUUCCCCGCCGCUCUGGACACCGCGAGUGUGAUCAUAUUUGUGAUUUUUGCAACGUCUGUGUGCACAGGUACGGGUGCACGUGCUCAGCAUUCAUGUGUGAUGGAUUAAUGUGCGACCAUAUCCAUACAGUGGCUAUGUUGGCUGGCGUACCCGGAGAUGAAUGGUUGGAUCCAAUGUUAUGUAGGGAGACAUUCGGUCUAGACGAGGCUUUAAUAAGACUAGCUAGGAUGAAUUAUAAAGAACGACUCGAAAAAAUGGUGCCGCUUCUUGAUGAAUUCGUUGCGCUCGUUAGGGGGGACCAGCAUCAGAUGGAUUUGGACAAGCUUCAAGAACUUUUGGAUUCCGGCAUUGCGAUGGUAAAAGCAUGCCCUAAGCCACCUCUAACAUUGGACGACGAAGCGCCUGCAGAUGCCCUCGCCACAUAUAAAGAGCCUGAUUUGUUCGAUUUCGCGGACGACGAAUUAACGCUGCCGGCACCAAAAUCGACUAGUUUAACUUUGAAGGUUCGUCCUAGCGGGACCCGUACAGCUCUUAUUGCACCUUUGGCAGGACCAUCAACAGCGUCAAGUAUAAAACCCGAUACGAAAUUGGCUCGCGUAGCUGGAGUAGCCUUGUCCACAACUUCUGUUCAGGGAGUCACUCGACCAUUGGCUAAUAUUCCACGCGCGGUUGGUCCCACCAAAGCUGGUGCGGGUGCCGGCUGUGAGCUUGUACGGCCAACAUACUCGCGACGCGCCAACAGGCUUGGCUCUGCCGUACGAAUGACAAGAAUAUCCGGUUCUGUUGCUAACACUAAUGACAACUCAAAGCCGACUAUGGCGGCGUCAAAAAUCAUCUGUUCACCUGUCGCAGCAACAACUCGACCCGUUGGAGUCCGUAUGAUACGACUGCCUUCUCCGCGAGCACCGGCUGUGACAUCCUUAUCGACAAGAACAGCUCCAACAUUAGCAACUUCACGCCUGUCAUCUAUCGCAACAACUGGUACCGGAGGACCAAUAAUAGUGCCUACUCGUUUAGUAGUUCCCUUACCCCAGCUUCUUGCUGCUGGUCUAAGGCCGGGGUCGGUAGCCAUUGUUCGAAAAGGCCUGCCAUCACCAGGGGCUGUCCUGGUAAGGGGUCCGUCAGCACCAAUCUUGAUAAAGGCCACACGGCUACCCCUUAGUGAAACGCCUUCUACAGCGAUUGUGCCGGCCAUAAAUAAGGCCGAGCCUGCUACUAGAACAAAUGAGCAAUUAACAGAGAACUUGACGGUCACAACAAGAACUGAGUCAACUUUAAGAACACUUGCAGAUCGAGUCAAUGAAGAGGAAUUAGAUAAAGAUCAUGCGUUUGUGAAAUCUGAAGAAAAAGAUGGCCUUAAAAAUAACACCCUUCAGGAAAUUUCGUCUACAUCCAGUUUCAACCAUUCCGAUGCAAUAUCUAUUGGAAGGUCUGUACAUACGCCAAGCGCGACACAGUUCGAGUAUGCUGCCAUUAAACGAGAGGGUAGUCCUAUCCAUAUGGGGUUACCAGAUAAGAAAGCCAGACUCGAAAUGUCGAAAAUUGUCAAUCUGAAUUUUGGCGAUGGCCAAACAUCGAGUAUGUCUUGGGAUGAUAUAGGUGAGAAUUGUUCAACUGUCGGAAAUUUUUUAGGUACUACAGAUCAGUCAACAACGGAUUCAGUAAUCAGUUCAAGCCAAACUGUGUCUGCUAGAGAGGAUUCGAGGGUCAAUCACUGCCCCGACCACCAAUCACAGCAAUCGCUGCUAUCGCAAGAGUCUGAAUCACCAUCUGAACAAAUACCUCAUAUGAAACUUAAUACUGCCAAAGUUACAAACACAUGCGACUCUUCAGUUAGACAUGCUGAACUCCCAGAAGUAUUCUAUCAAGAUCCUUCUCCGAAUAGUUGUAAUAACAGUAGAAAUUCGUUUACAAGUACUUCAGGUCAAAACGUCUCCACAAAGUUAGUUAGCAACGGAAUACAGCCGUGGUCUGAAGCUCUUAGUUCAGCAUCUGUUGGCGUUUGGAAUAACCGAGAACAACCAGUUAGUCAGAAUGUCUUAAAUGUGCAGGGCCCGUGGCCCGAAGACUCAUGCUAAUACACUUUAAGUCAAAAUUACUAUUGGGACGGAAACAGCAUCAAUAUCAUGCAGUCGGCAGAUAACCUUCGCUCAAAUAUGGAAGGGCUAGGGAUGUCUGAAACAAGAGUACAGUCAAUCGAAUUGUUCGAUUCACAACAUUGAAUGAUCAGUCUAAGUACAAUUGUAGCAAAAUCUCUCCCUUAUGAACGCUUUUAAAAGUACUAGACGAACUGAACCUGCUCAUUCGUUCCUCGACGAUUAAGGGCUGAACCCGCGAGCACAGAUAUAAACAAAUGAUUAAUAUGAUCUUGGAGUUUUAACAAAUUGUAUGCGGAAGAUACAGCGACUUUGAAUCUGUGGCUAUGGUCCACGUCACCCGCCUUUCUGCCGUCACCCGCGGUAGCUGUGCCAUUCCUACCAUAUGAUUUAAAACUAUAAAAUAUUUUAAAACUGAUUACGAAAAGCACAGGUAUUCAAAAAAGGAAUUUAGUAGGAAUGGCACCACUUGGCCAUUAAAUGAAAGUUUUCCAACGUCGCUUCUUAAUGGAUCAUGUGUACUGUACUUGUUUCAAUGCUAGCUCGACUUAUCUUCUCACACAGCUGUUUACAAGUGACCUGACGGCGAAUGCGAAUCCGUGUGUUAUAUAUUUUUAAACUGUAAAAGAUACACCGGUAUGUGCCUUAAAAACGUUGAUCCUUAGCAAAAUAAUGAGGGCGCUUUGAUGGAUACCCAUUCUUAUGUUGCUAAUUGAGUCCUCUCAAUGCACAGAAGAUCAGUUUUUUCGCUCCCGAAAACUACCAUUUAUUUUACAAUGUAUAUGUAAGCCUCUUUGUUACGCUUCUCUAGUCUACUGAGUGUAAAACUCACAGUUUGGAAUGUUUUCGAAGUAUAUUAAUAGGUUAUAAACACUAGAGGUGCUAUUUUUGAAAUGGCACAACAUCAAGUCCACACACACAAACACAGACACACAAGCCUCGUUUCGAAAAAUACGCCGUUACGAUACAGAUAUCUACGCACAUGAUUCACAUCUAAAUAUGAAGCUAUACAUAACAUUAACCAGAACUGCCAGUGUAAAUAUGGAAACCUUUUUUGAAAAAAAUGUGACCGUGGCUAUUACUUAUUAAAACGGACUUACAGUUGUCUGGGGCAAUAAGAUAACUUGUUAUUACUCUACUUAGAACUCUAAUGUAUCAAAAUAUGCAAUAGUUAUACCUAUAUCCAAUAAAAUAUACAACGGUUAUCACUAAGUUGUUAGAGCUGCAUAAAUGGAAACGAAUUUGGCAAACGUGUGGUGACCAACAAAAGAAGGUAUAUAUUACUUUA